AUGUAUUUUGGGAUAUCGAGCAAUUUGUUGUCUGGAGAGAUAUCAGGAGACUUGUUCAGGAACUGGCAUAGGCUAGUUUCGUUUCAAGUGCAGGACAAUUUUUUCAAUGGAACAAUUCCUUCGGAUAUUGGAUUGGCAACAGAAUUGAAGUACUUGUACCUUUACAACAACUUUCUUUCAGGUUCCAUUCCAGCUGAAAUAGGAAACCUGAUCAACUUGCUUGAAUUGGAUUUGACAAGUAAUUAUCUUUCUGGUUCAAUCCCAAUAGAGAUUUGGAAGCUUAACAAUCUCAUAGCAUUAUUCCUCGCCGCUAAUGAGUUGACGAGCAUGGUAUCAAGUGCUUGGGACAAUCAAAAUAACAUCACGGGCUUUCCCUCAAUCCGGUAUUUGUUCGUUUCCCACAAUAAUUUACAUGGAAAUAUUCCUUCAUUCAUAUGUAACAUGGUUGACAUCGAAUAUUUAGAUCUCUCAAGGAAUCAUUUAUCAGGAUAUUUCCCUCAAUGUUGGCGGGAUUUAAAAGUUUUGAAAGUGCUGAAUUUGGCAAACAAUAGCUUGUAUGGAGAGAUUCCGAGCACAGUUGGCUAUAUGACUUCUCUGGAAUCCUUGCACCUUAAUGAUAACAAUUUCACUGGAGAAAUUCCAUUAUCAAUGAGAAAUUGCAAGAAACUUGUCAUUCUGGAUCUUGGGAAUAAUAAAUUCCAUGGAAAUAUUCCUGCAUGGCUGGAUAAAACAUUUUCGGCACUGAAGGUCCUUCAUCUAAGGUCCAACAAGUUCAAUGGCAGUAUUCCUCGACAAUUAUCUGAACUCAUUUCCCUUCAAAUCCUUGAUCUUGCAAAUAAUCAUCUCACAGCAAGAAUUCCUCAGAGUUUCCGAAGUCUCGCAGCAAUGGCUACCAGAGAAAAAACAAUGGGAAGCAUGUACGCUCCAUCUACCUAUUCCUCAUUCGGUUACGAGGAAACUGUUGAUAUAACUAUUAAAAAUAGAGAACUUGAAUUUCACAAGUCACUUUCUCUUGUAGUAGGGAUUGAUCUCUCAAACAAUUAUCUCACUUUGGAGAUCCCUGAAGAAAUAACAGCUCUUUCUGGAUUGAUCUUCCUGAAUCUGUCAGGAAAUCAACUAACUGGCAAUAUUCCCCAGCAAAUCGGCGACUUAACUUUGUUGGAAUCUCUGGAUUUGUCACGGAAUCAACUUUCGGGCACAAUACCUUCAAGCGUUUCGGCUUUAGACUUUCUAAGUUAUCUAAAUAUGUCGUACAAUAACUUGUCGGGAAGAAUUCCAUCAGGUCGCCAGCUCCAAACACUUAAUAAUCCGUUGAUGAUCUACAUUGGCAACCAUGAUCUUUGUGGGGAGCCACUAAGAAAAAAUUGUUCAGUUGAUAACACUAGAGCAUUCAGCAACGUUGACAGAAAUGAACUGAGAAAUGGGGAUGAUGAUCAGAUGAUCAUAUGGCUAUAUGUGAGCAUCGCAGCAGGAUUUGUAGUCGGAUCUUGGGGAUUUUGGAGUAUUUUGAUUUUUAAAAAAUCUUGGAGAGUCGCUUUUUUGUGGUUUAUUGAUGAUGUGCAAGAUAUGGUAUACACUAUGAUAACUUUGAGAAGUUCUUAGGAAGCUCAUAAUAACUAUGAUGUACACUUAUCUUUCUCCUUUUUUUCCCAUACAGUUCAGACUUUUAUGUAUU